AUGGGUAGUCCGGUGUCAGCUUUUAUUGCCAAUCUCUACAUGGAAGUGUUUGAGGAGGAAGCCCUGCAGAGGUACCCACCCGACUGCCCUCCUACCGUGUGGAAACGGUACAUUGAUGACACUUUCGUCAUUGCACUACAGGAUCAAGCCAGCCAUCUACUCAACCACCUGAACAGCCUCAAGCCCAGCAUUCGGUUCACCAUCGAGAUCGAGCAGGACAGGAGCAUCGCAUUCCUGGACACCAUGGUCCACAGGGAACCUGACGGCAGCCUGACUGGCACCGUGUACCGCAAACCCACUCACACCGACCAGUAUCUGGCUUUUAACUCGCACCACCCGGAAUCUAUCAAAUGGGAUGUGGCCAAGUGCCUCCACGACCGCGCCUCACGCCUAGUCACCAGACCACGCUGCACAGCCGCCAAGAGAAACCAAGUCACCACUGCCCUCAUGGGAAACGGGUAUCCAACACCCUUCAUCCGGCAGUCAUCAAGAUCCAAGACAAGCACCGAAGCGGAGUGA